AUGGACCGUUGUCGUUUGUCUGGUGUUCCUGCGCUAGCCGUCGUUCUCAUGCUGGACGUGGCGGCUGACUUCGAAUUACAGCCGAUAAACGUCCCCGGUUCUUCGUCGUUCAACCACCACAUGGAAGACUAUUUAAAAGUGUUCCAAGAAGAUCAGAACGAUGGCGUCGAAGAAAUCAUUAUCAAGGCCAAAAGUAACCUUCAGCAAUUCCUUAUAGGAUGA